CCUCAAAAAUUUCGCGCCAAAAAGUGGCUUUUUUCUUACAAAGAAAUUGUUGUGAAGUUCAGUGUUUCCUGACCAAAAUGAUGAAUACCAAUGGGAAUUCCCAUCACGACGAAGAUCAGUAUUUGCAGCUGAUUCAGCGAAUCAUCGAUACGGGGGUGAAGAGAGAUGAUCGAACAGGUGUAGGUACUCUUUCAAUCUUUGGAGCACAAAUGCGCUUCGACCUUCGCAAUGAUGUCUUCCCGCUCCUGACCACCAAGAGAGUGUUUUGGCGAGGUGUAGCUGAGGAAUUGAUCUGGUUCAUCAGGGGUUCAACGGACGCAAAGGAAUUGCAGCAGAAGAACAUUGGGAUCUGGAAUGGGAACAGUACCAGGGAGUUCCUGGACUCAAUGGGAUUCACGGAACGAGAGGAAGGUGACUUGGGGCCAGUUUAUGGCUUUCAGUGGCGUCACUUUGGAGCCCCCUAUGGCACAUGCAAGGAUAAGUACGAUGGACAGGGUGUGGAUCAGCUGAAGGAGGUGAUUCAGCGUAUCCGGGAGAAGCCAAAUGAUCGGCGGAUUAUCAUGAGCGCAUGGAAUCCUGUGGAUUUACCCAUAAUGGCACUGCCACCCUGUCACUGCCUCGUGCAGUUUUACGUGGCCAAUGGGGAACUCUCCUGCCAGAUGUAUCAACGAUCGGCAGAUAUGGGCUUGGGUGUUCCAUUCAACAUUGCCAGCUACGCCCUUCUCACUCGAAUCAUCGCCCACAUAACUGAUCUCAAGCCUGGGGAUUUUGUCCACACUCUGGGAGAUGCUCAUGUCUAUCUAAAUCACGUUGAGCCUCUGAAAGAGCAACUCCUACGUCGCCCAAAGCCCUUCCCAACGCUCAAGUUUUCUCGGAAGGUGACUGACAUUGAGGACUUCAAGUUCGAGGAUUUUGUGCUGAAUGACUACAAUCCCCAUCCCAAGAUCGCGAUGGAGAUGGCAGUUUAAGUACUAUUUCCCAAGCUAAUCCUCCUACCUAACAUUUCCUAAGAUUUCCUUGCUCUAAGCUCGAAGUAUACUUGGUUAUUUUUUUUAAUAAAAUGAAAUAAAAAAUUAAAACAAAUUUA